AUGUUGGCGCCAUAUUCGAAGAUGCUGCUGCAUCACCUACCGAGCCCAACCUUCGUUGGUUCACUCUAUAUUCUCAACUCUGCUCCCGUGGAAGGGUCAAACCUCGUAGCUGUUGGUCAUAAGCUCUACGCUAUCAACAAAGAAGAAGAUGAUCCUUCCUCCUGUUCUUCUAACGUCUUCUUCCUCGACUGUCGAACGCACAAGUGGGUCGAAACUCCAAGCUUGCGGCUUGCUCACACCGUUCCAGAAAUGAUGUAUUUAGCAGGGAGCUACGAGAAUCCAGAUUCCUUGAAUUGUGUUCAAGUGUUCAACGUAAAGACGCAAACUUGGAAGCCCGUGCCAAGUGAUAAGAAGAUAUUCAGAGCCAGAAAUUACCAAGGACAUGUUUACAAGAGCCUUGAUGUGGCGUUUGGUAGGUGGGGUUUGGUUGUAAAGGUAAAAGAUGCUACAGCGGAUCUGGUAGGGUCUGCUACUACUUGUUUUAUCGACAAAAUAUUCUAUCGUUAUGAAUCCAACGGAGUGUUACUUUGGGCCAACAGCGCAGCAGAUGGUUGGAAGAAAGUAAAAGGUUUGGAAGGACUGCCUAAGUUUGCCCGUAAUAGUAAUGUUAAUUUGGUUCAUUAUGGUGGUAAGAUGUUGGUGUUUUGGGAUAAGUAUGUGCCUGCUCGUGGUGGGUAUAAGGAGAAGAUGAUUUGGUGUGCUGAGAUUUCUCUGGAAAUGCGCAGCACUGAAGAGGUUUGGGGAAAGGUCGAGUGGUUCGAUGCUGUGCUCACAGUACCCAAGUCUUACAAAUUCGUGUAUGCUAGUACUGCUACGGUAUGA